AUGAAUGGCGGUGUGUCUUUCGGCGCGAGCCAGUCAUUCCCUCAACCAUCGGCCGGAAAUAACGGUUCUUUCAACUUCCAACCCCCUUCGUCAAGUUCCUUCACCUUCGGGGCUCCUUCCGGUGCACCAAACCCUUUCGCGGACCUGAACGGAACGAGUGACGCGCAAGACAUAUCGAUGGAGUCGCCUCAAAAGAAAACAGCAUUCGGGAACACCUUCGGGUCGACCAUUUUCACGUUUGGGCAGUCAGCACAACAACCGGCAAAUCCGUUCGGUAACCUCGAGGGGAAUCAAACGGCAAAAACGAAUGGCAGCACCUUGUUUGGCCAGUCCACAACGACUUCUGCGCCGUCUAAUCCAUUUGGUCAAGCGGCUCAAUCAAAUCCUUUCGGUGGCCUCGGUGGUCCGCAGCCUUCCGCAACGCAGGCUCAGACAUCAGGUUUCGGGGGGUUUGGUUCAACCACAAACAACUCGUCCGCCACCACGAGUGCUCCCUUUGAUAGUUUUGGUCAGAACAACCCGGCCGCCGGCCAAAGUGCACUGCCAGCCUUCGGAUCUCAGCAAGGUACUGACACGCAAACUCAAUCCCAACCUUCGAAAUUCGUCUUCGGGCAGACGAGUUCCACCUCUCAGCUUCCAAGUAAAGGUCUGUUUGGCUCGUCGGGCCCGCUAGGUCAAAGCAGUGGCAGGAACCUCUUCGGACCUACGCCUUCUCAACCAUCUUCCUCAGGAUUCACGUUUGGCCAAACCUCGAACCAAGCUACAACCACAUCCAACCCAUUCGCAAACUCCAAUCCUUCGAAGCCCGAAGCUGCCGACUCUGCUCCCGCCUCCUUUGAUAAGUCGGCGAGCAGCUCGCAACCAGCGGCGGAGUCAAAGCCAGCAUCGGCGUCCCCAGAGAAGCCAGAGACUUCAGGGUCUGAUGUACCAGCCGCGAAUCCUUUUGCCGGCCUCUUCGGCAGUGCAAGCAGCACAGCGCAGGUCGCACCAGCAUCCAAGCCGGCGUUCAGCUUCGGUACACCCAGUCAGCCACCCGCGCCGGCGGCCGAGAAGCAGCAAUCUAAACCGACAUUCGGCUUUGAAACAGCAAGCAAACCCGUACCUAAAGGGACAGACGAUGCAUCUCAAUCAAUGCCAGCUACCUCACCAUUCACAUUUGCUCCACCAAGUCAAUCUGCAGCUCAAGGAACGGACAGCUCUGACCCGAAGACGUCUGCAUCAUCGUUUAAGUUCGGCUCAACGGCUUCUCCGGGAGUUUCGAAGACAUCAGGGCUGUUCGGGAAGCCUGCUACUCAGCCAGAAGCUCCAAAAGCUACAACUGAACCGAGAACGACUGAAGAAGACAACGACAAGGCCAAGGAAACUACUUCGGCUCCCCCCUUCACUUUCAUCCGUCCGUCGCAAUCAGUCUCCAGUGGUGGGCUGUUUUCUCCUGCGAAGCCGCCCGCAGACAAUGGUGCACCUUCGGGCGGGUUAUUCAGCAAGCUGAAUAGUGCUGUAGAGACAUCUGCCAAACCGCAGCCGCUGUUUGGUGCUCAACCCAAGUCGGCGACCCCGUCAUUCACAUCUACGCCCAAGGUGGGGACUGAUAGCAAAACGGGUGCACCAGAGGCGAUCAAGUCUGCGCCGCCGUCUUUCGGUGUUGCCUCACUUCAAGCGUCCGGACAGUCUCAACCUGCGCGGGAACCGCAAUCCAACGCGGCCACGUCCGAGGUCGCAUCCUCCCAAAUCAGCAAGUCUCCCGCAGCGAAGCCAAGCUUUGCUGCACCUGGCCAGGCUGCUCAAGCUCAGAGCACUGCCGAGAACACACCAGACUCUGCAGUAACGCUAGCACCCAGCAAACGACCAGUCUAUACCAAAGGCCCAACACGCGUACCUGGCCAUACCUCUGCCCAGCAGUUCCAAGAAUACGACCGCGACUAUCGCCUUCAUUCGUUGAAUCACGGUUUGCAACAGAAGCUUGCGUCCCUGGACCCUCGCUCAUAUGACUUUGACAACUUGAUCCGUCAUUAUGUCGCCGCACGUGACAAUAUUGGAGCUUCGCUGGGGCUGUAUGUACGAAAUGUUGCGGGCACGAAGCGAAAGGGUGACCAGGUUGACGAUCACGAGGAACCGGAGCAAACCAAGAGAAGCCGAGAAGAACCUGUGCAAAGGCCAUUUAGCUUCGGUAGUAGCAGUUCCUCGCAUCUGACUUCUUCUGCAACCAACAGCGCGGCGUCGACAUCUUCACAGGCGACAAAACCUCAGCACGGCGGGAUUCCGGAACCAAUGUCCGCAAGCACAAGUGGUCUUUCACAAUCCACAGCCGGCUUCAGGCCAACCACAGCCGAUACUGCAGGUUUUGGCUCAACAUCCGGUACAAAUACAAACGCGUUUGCUUUUCUCAAUACAAGCUCGACCCCCCCCACAUCCGCGCCAUCGACGACUCCAAUCAAGUCGCCGCCGAAAAAGCCUGUGUUUGAGAUGCCCAAAUUUGGUAGUGGGAGCAGCACCAACUUUCUCAGCGCAUUCGGUCAGCAAGCGAAGGAAAGCUCAGCCAAGUUUGAAAAGGAUCUCCUGGAGAAGCGCAAAGCGGAAGAAUUUGAUUCCGACGAGGAUGAUGAAGAGCAGUACCGUAAGAAAGUCGAAGAGGAAAAUCGGGCCAAGCGCGCAAAGAUCGAUGCCAUUGCAAAGGGCGGUUUCAAGCCUUCUUUCGGGGCUGCGUCAACAGAGAAGGUGGGCAAGCCUGCUUCCGGCGGCUUUGGCUCUGCGACUUCAGCGAAUCCUUUCGCCGCUCUUACCUCGACAUCGAUAACCGACGGACGACCAGAAGCUGAUGAUGGCGACGAUGAAGAUGGCAGUUACGUCGACGAUAAGGACGAGGACGAGGACGAAGCCAGCGCAUCCAGCGGUAAUCAGACCGACAACGGUGAUGAAGAAGAGGCUGGUGAUGCAGACGGGGAGGAAGAGCACCGCGAAGAGAGUCUACCCGAAGAUGAAGUGGUUCAAGAAGAUGGAGAUGAUGAGGACGACGACGACAACGAUCUACAAGCUGCCAUGGAUCGAGCGAGAAAGAACCCAAAUGCUGGCAAGAGCUUGUUCGAGCGGAUCGAGCCCAAUCCAGAUAAAGAGAAAACCACCCCAACCACAAACGGGAACAAGAAGGAGACUGAGGACGCAAGUCCCAUCAUGCAGUCAGCGAAGAACUCCUCGUUCCCUCCUGCUGUCUGGGGUUCGCACAUUGGCAAGUCAACGCCCGAGCAGCCUUCAUUUUCGCCUUUGACGCCUACUACCGGUGCUUCGACUGUGAAGCCGGCCAGCACCUUCAUCUUCACUCCAGCGCCAACCACGACCCCUACUUCGGCUCUAGGUGCCUCGAUUUUCUCAGGCGGUGCUGUGAGAGGCGGUCCAGUGCCAGGGGAAGGUCUGUUCGGCUCAAGACCGAGUACACCUAGCAACGCAGAGAAGAAUGGCAAUCUCGCCAAAUCAGUCCUCACUUCUCCAACGGGAACUGACAACACCUGGAAACCGGGCAACAGCAUAUCCUUCGCAAAUGGCGACAAUGGUCCGAGUGCUCCCACCUUCAAGUUCACUGCUGCUUCACCUGGAGAGAAGAAUAAGAGUACCUCCAGUCCUUUCGGCACGCUCUUUGGAACCCCUGCCCCUGGCUCAAGCGGUACUGCGACACCCAACCUUGGGUUCCAAUUCGGUGCCCCUACUUCCGCUCCCGCGCCAGGCUUUUUAGGUGCGGUUUCACAUCUUGCAGGCGGAUCUGCAGCUAGCUCUGCAGCUUCCUCUCGGGCGACAUCGCCGGGUGUCUCAGAAAAUGAAUCUGUUGCUACAAAUGAAACGGAGGAUACCAAUGAGGACCCGCAGACUUCGUUGAUGGACUCUCGUGCCGGCGAAGAGAAUGAAACCGCACUGUGGGAAGGACGCUCUAAAGCUCUCAUGUUUGUCAACGCCGAGACGGCGAAAGGCACGAAGUAUACGCCCAAUGACUGGAACUCUGUGGGCAUUGGUCAACUGCGAGUGCUCAAGGACACAACCAGCAACAAAACUCGCAUGGUCUUCCGGGUCGAGCCCUCUGCGAAUAUUCUCUUUAAUUCCCAUCUCGUGGGCAGUACGACUUACGAAAGCGUACCGAGCAACAAGAGUGGUGCGGUGCGAGGAGCGCUCAUGUACAAGGGCAACCUCACACGAUUGGUGUUCAAGUUGAAGACGUCGGAGAUGGCCGACGAGUUGGCCAAGGUCUUGGAGGAGAACAAGAGUGCUUGA